UGGAGCGGCAGCUCGGCCCCGGCGGACGGCGGGACGCGGCGGCGGCUCCGGCGACAUGUGCGGCGGGCGGGGAGGCAUCUGGCUGGCUCUGGCCGCGGCGCUGCUGCACGUGUCCCUGCAAGGCGAGUUCCAGAGGAGGCUGUACAAGGAGCUGGUCAAGAACUACAACCCGCUGGAGAGGCCGGUGGCCAACGACUCGCAGCCGCUCACAGUGUACUUCUCCCUGAGCCUCCUGCAGAUCAUGGAUGUGGAUGAGAAGAACCAAGUUUUAACCACCAACAUUUGGCUACAAAUGUCUUGGACAGAUCACUAUUUGCAGUGGAACAUGUCUGAGUACCCCGGAGUGAAGAAUGUUCGUUUUCCAGAUGGACAGAUUUGGAAACCAGACAUCCUCCUUUAUAACAGUGCUGAUGAACGCUUUGAUGCCACAUUCCACACCAAUGUCUUGGUGAAUGCUUCUGGGCAUUGCCAGUAUCUUCCUCCAGGCAUAUUCAAGAGCUCCUGCUACAUUGAUGUACGCUGGUUUCCUUUUGAUGUGCAGCAGUGCAAACUGAAGUUUGGGUCCUGGUCCUAUGGAGGGUGGUCCUUGGACCUGCAGAUGCAAGAGGCAGAUAUCAGCAGUUAUAUCCCCAAUGGAGAAUGGGAUCUCAUGGGAAUCCCUGGCAAAAGGAAUGAAAAGUUCUAUGAAUGCUGCAAAGAGCCAUACCCAGAUGUCACCUACACAGUAACCAUGCGCCGCCGGACACUCUACUAUGGCCUCAACCUGCUCAUUCCUUGCGUGCUCAUUUCAGCCCUGGCUCUGCUGGUAUUCUUGCUGCCUGCAGACUCUGGAGAGAAAAUCUCUCUUGGGAUAACUGUCUUACUUUCUCUGACUGUCUUCAUGCUGCUUGUGGCUGAGAUCAUGCCAGCAACAUCUGAUUCUGUGCCCUUGAUAGCACAGUACUUUGCCAGCACCAUGAUCAUCGUGGGCCUCUCUGUGGUGGUGACAGUGAUUGUGCUGCGAUAUCACCACCAUGACCCUGAUGGUGGCAAAAUGCCUAAGUGGACCAGGAUCAUUCUUCUGAACUGGUGUGCAUGGUUUCUGCGCAUGAAGAGGCCUGGAGAGGACAAGGUGCGGCCAGCUUGUCAGCACAAGCCGCGGCGCUGCAGCCUGGCCAGUGUGGAGCUAAGCGCAGGGGCUGGGCCACCCACCAGCAAUGGCAACCUGCUCUACAUUGGCUUCCGAGGCCUGGAGGGCAUGCACUGUGCCCCAACUCCAGACUCUGGGGUCGUGUGUGGUCGUUUGGCCUGCUCCCCAACACAUGAUGAGCACCUCAUGCAUGGUACGCACCCCUCUGAUGGGGACCCCGACCUGGCCAAGAUCCUGGAAGAGGUCCGCUACAUCGCCAACCGCUUCCGCUGCCAGGAUGAGAGCGAGGUGAUCUGCAGUGAGUGGAAGUUUGCAGCCUGUGUGGUGGACCGCCUGUGCCUCAUGGCCUUUUCGGUCUUUACCAUCAUCUGCACCAUUGGCAUCCUCAUGUCAGCCCCAAACUUUGUGGAGGCUGUGUCCAAAGACUUUGCUUAAUGUUAUCAUGUAGGAAAUGCACAGAGAAGAAGAGAACAUGGAGGAUGAGAAUUGGGGUCCUAACUCCACAUUGUGAUAAAUGGAAGAACUCUGAGGAAUCCCUGUAGCUGUCGGUCUUGAGAUUUAUUUUCUUGGUUACUUUAACUAAAAAGAUCCCAGCAGCCUUCUGUUUACUCUUCUUGCACUUAUCACUGGCAUAUCAUUGUAUUCUGCAGGGGUACUAUGUGGUCAUUUACCCACUCUGGAUAGCCCUAGAGGGAAGAUCUUAGUGGCUCUAGUAGCCCAGUAGAGGCUUGUCCAGUUGGUGGUGCAUGCCCGCAUGCCCCUUGUCAUGGGCUCACAUGAGAAUUGGCAGUCUGCCUUUGCCAUGCACAGACCUGGGAUGAAACCAAUGCAGAGCACUCCCCCUGUAUCCAUUUCAACAGCUGCCUUGCAAAAGGAAGGCAAAUACAAAUUCAAACUACAAACUUCUCUGCUACUUUCUCUGUGAUUCAACUUACAUCUAUCUAUCUAUCUAUCUAUCUAUCUAUCUAUCUAUCUAUCUACCUAUCUGUCUGUCUGUCUGUCUAUCUUUGUCUUUACCAAUGACAACUUUAUACCAGGGAGAAAGUUGGCCUUCUAAAUGAUGUUUUGCAAGCUAAUUCCUGUAGAUGUGUCCUGACAAUUAACUUAUCACACAAGUUGUGUCAGUUCAAAACUAGGACUCACCUUAGCCAAAAGGGUUUUGAGGCUUUGGCCUAUGUAGAUCUUCGAUGGCCCCCCCAAGUUUCACACUGUUUCCAUUUCCUGAAAAGGUAAGUGAAUUUGUUUGUACAAAAACUGAAAGGCUAAUAGAGUUCUGAGUGUUAACUAAGGAGUAGCUGAAGCUUACCUAAACUGUGUGUGUGUGUGUGUGUGUGUGUGUGUGUGUGUGUGUGUGUGUGUUGAAAAUAAAAGUGCGUUAGUUGCUCUGCAUGCCAGACUCACAAGUCUUAGAAGUUUUUGCAUCUAUACAUCAAGUGCACACUCCCUAUGGCUUUGCCCAAUGUCGGGGCUGGAGGGAAGCAGUUUAGUCCCGUCUGGGCUCCUGUGUGACAGGAGCUAUGGAGAGAUGAUGUCGCUGAUCACUCAUCUAGAUACAAAGCUGGUAGUCUCAGGGUUUGGCUUCUGAGGAUCUGCCUUCCCAUGGCUUCGGAUGCAAAGCUCACUUGGGGUCAGUGCAUGGAUUCACUGGAGAUGGGGUGGGGGUGAUAUAGUUUGUAUGUUUUUUUCUUUUUCUGAGCUAGGGUCCCUCUGGCUGGAUAGCUCAUAUUAGUCUGUGUGCAUUUCACAUCUUUAUUUGUUAAUGAGGUGAGAGGAUUUUCCACCAAGAAAAGCUUUUUCUGUUUGAUAGUGUUGUUGAACUUCUCAAGGAUUAAAACUGCAUGACUCUUCUGAAGCUCUCAGAAAUUUUAAGCUUCUAACUCCAAAAAUGAAAUGAGAGGUUAGAUUUCUCAGAGUAACAAAAACCAACCAGACAAAACUUCACAUUUUUCCAGCCAUUAAUUUCACUAUAGGAGGAUGAAGGCUUGGUGGUACCCUGUUUGUAUGUGGGUAUGUGGGUAUAUGCAUGUACACUCUGUGUGUGUGUGUGUGUGUGUGUGUGUGCGCGCGCGCGCGUGCGUGUGUGUGUGUGUGUGUGUGUGUGUGUGUGUGUGACUGAAGAGAGGAUAUAGUGUAGAGUAACAUGGCUAAAUCUGGAGACUGUUUAUUUUAGCACCCACAUCUGGAGCAGAGUUAUUCCUAGCAUGCACCUGUCACAUACAGUAUCAACAAAUGGUAUAAAAUAUUUUGCUGGUAUUAUGCUUUUUGAUUAAAGUAACUAGAAACAAAUAGAUAUGUUCUGAUACUUAAAGACCAGGCUUUGUGUCUUACUGUUAAAAAUUGAACCCUAGCCAUUGCUUUGACUAUCUGAGUAAUUAUUGUCAUUAUAAAAAUAAUGAUAAAGAAUAGUUGUGCUCAUAGUUAGGUGUAUAUGGUUCAAAAUAGUCUCUCCUUGCUUCCGUUUCCUCCUAGGGACAGUUUUAGAGAAAAAGAAAGAAAAGGUGGGAACAGAGAGAGGGAAGAAAACAUGGAGAGACUUUGUUGUUGCUUUCCUAGAACUCAUGUUUGAAAGGUGCUAGGCACCUAGUCUUUUGUCCUAGAGAGCUUUUCAUAAUGGUCUAAAGGUCUACCUCAUUCCUCUUAACAGUUGCUUAGAGUUCCCCUCCAUUGGUGGCUUACAAUCUAGUGGAUCAGCCUUUUAGUGGUGAAAACAUAGCUGCAACAUUUCCAAGUUUUAGUUUUAUACACAAGUCUACAGUUAGCAUUUUGGUGCAUAAUUUGCCAAAGGUUUUAUGUAUAAAUUCCAGUUUAGAAAUGGAACUACUGGAUCUAAGACUAUGUGAGAUUUUAGAUAAGUACAUUCAGAUAGUUCUCCACGAACUGGUCAGUGGAUAUCCUCAUCCAAAGUCAAAGGGUCAGAUUCUCAGCUUUAUGCUGUUAAAUAUGCUCAAAUUUUAUUUUCCUUUCCCGAUCUGAUAGAUAAAAAUGAUAAGGCAAAAACAUUCUGAUUUUAGUUCAUUUGACCAUGAGCAAGGAUGAAGUUUUCACAUAUAUACAUAUAUUAUUUCAGUUUUAUAAUAUUUAUAUCUUUAAUCCAAAUUUCAGUUAUUUUAUUCUUUUAACUUAUUUGUCAUUUGUUUUUUAUGGUGUUCAUUGAUUGCAUGUUUAUAUUAGAAAGUUCAAAACUCUGUGUUGUUAGCUUAUUUUUGUUUUCCUUUGUAGAACAUGAUUGCCCUGUAGGUUUGAAGAGGCCUUCCCAGGUUGAAAUUAUAAAUAAAUUAGUCAUAUUUUCUUUUUAAAACUUAACAUUUCCACUUGUUUGCCUUUAUGACUUUUUAUUCUUUAAGAUUCAUUAUAGGAAAUAUAGAUAAAGAUUUAGUUAUUUAUCUCCAAGAGUAGCCAUUGGUACACAGACAUAUAAUAAAGCAUUUCUGUAAUGCAGUGAGACUUUGUCACCUUUUGUGGAAACUAUGUUUCUCCAAGUGCUUUUCUGUUCCAUUGAUUAAUCUGUCUCAAUGCUGUUGAUUUCCAAAGUUUUCUUGGCAUUAUCAGUAUUUUUAAAUGGAUACUAUUUUCUGAUCCCUCCCUCUUAUUCUCUGUGUCAUGAACUGGGUCACAGUGGAUUCACAUAGCAGGUCUUCCUGUUAGGGAGCGCCACAGUUUCAGCUUGUACUCAAAUCUAGUAUUACAGCACUCAGUAAGGCUGAUCAGAAAAGCCCUAUACAUUUCUUGCUGUUUAUUUCUGGCUAUUUAUCAGUUGGUUACCAUUUUCACUUGGCUUUUUUUUUAUAAGCCAAAUAUAUACGACAAAUGGUUGGGUUUUGUAUGUUAAUGUCAAAUAAUUAGUCACCAUCAUUGUGGUUGUUUUGUUUCUAAGAUUUUCCUUUAACUCAUUCUUUCCAAUAUCUUUAUUUCAUUUUCUGUCGAUUGCACUUGAGAACAGUAGUUGGCUUGUUUGUAUACUUGUCUUGUUCUUAAUGUUGAUGGACGUUUAAUGAUGCACAACUUUACUUGUAUGAAGACAUGUAUUUUCUUCAUCAUAAUAAAAAUUAUACAUGCAUCCUCU